AUAUAUAUAUAUAUAUAGUUAAAUUUAGUAUUUCAUUGAAUUUUGUUGAAGUUGUGAUAUAAUUACAUUUCACAAAUAAAGGACAUAAUUCUUUUUUCCAUGAAAUUAAGAUUACUACUAAUUCAAUAACACAAGAUAAAAUAUUAUUUGAACUUUAUACGAACCUAAUAAAUGUUCACAAAUACGUUUCCAAAUCAUAUUCUAAAUUUCUAAUAGUAGCAUUGUAUGUUUUUGAAAAUGUCGAGAAUUGAAAAAUCUGGAACCAUUAAGGAUCGAAUGAAAAACCGAACCUGUAGACCUACGACAACUGGGCGAAAAGAAAAUGAAGACAAAAAUCCUCGUAAGAAUCGAGCGAGGCAGAAGAAGCUACAAGUAGAGCGUCCUGACGGUCAUCCUACUCAAGGGCAGUUGUCUCUUAGUCAGAAAAGUCCCACACCUACAUCUGAUCGUGUCGAUACUUGGGAGCCGAGUUGGGAGGACUCUAUUUUGGAUGAUGGUAUACUGAUUGAUGAUGAUGAUCAUGAUGAGGCAGAGAAGCUCGCUCAGACUCAGGUUCAGAGGUACUUAGGAGCUCCGAUGACUUCUACUUCCUCGACGACAUGUCGGGGUCCUGAUGGACACUUUCGGACAGCAUCUAGUUCUCAGCAGUGUGGUAACUCUAAGAAGAGGAAGAAGAGAGCCAACAAAGACAAGUCUUGGCUUUUUACGAGAGAAUCAGUAGUGAUGCGUAAGGGCGGACCGAUGAUUCCCGACGUGAUCCCUAGUUUUGCUGGUCACGUGGCCCAUGUGUUGUGGACUUCACCUGAGCAGGAUCGUGGGGUGCUUGAGUGCUACCAUCGGAGUACAAAUUUGGACAUGUUGAAGAAAUAUAAGUGGAGUGUAGAAGGUUCUCAAGUGAUGGUUCAGGCCACGGGGUUAUCUCACUUGCUCGAGUGCACGAUGCCUCAUUUGGAUUUUGCCCUUUUAACGGACUUUGUGGAGAGGUGGCAGCCAGACACUAACACCUUCCACAUGCCAUUUGGGGAGAUGUCGAUACUUAUCCACGAUGUUCACUACAUUCUUCGUCUUCCAGUGGAUGGAGCAUUGUUGAGAUAUGACUCGCCGCAGCCGGAGGCUUUAAAGGCCGACAUGUGUGGUCUUAUUCGAGUUGGCGACUUGGAAGGGGCUGUUGGUGGUAAGUGGAGUACUAUUUGGUAUAUGAAUGGUAGCAUGCAUGGAGAGGGUGCUUUGUUUCGUGCUGGUGAGCUUCAGAUUAAGGAGGUUGAGGUGCAGUGUUACUUGUUUCUGCUGCUAGGGUCCACAUUGUUUGUGAACAAGAGUCGAGAUCGCAUUCGUCAUGCAGUCAACUUAUAUCUGAAGAAGUACCAUGAUGUGGCUGGCUACGCUUGGGGUGUUGGUACACUUUCCUAUCUUUAUAGACAUCUUGGCGUUGCUUCACGAGCUGGCUGUAAGGGAGUGUGUGGAUAUUUGACACUCUUGCAUGCUUGGAUAUAUGAGUACUUCCCCGAAUUUCGUCCUAAUAGGGUGCAACAACAGUCUCCGGAGGACCCUCGUGCUUCAUUGUGGGUGUGUAGUCGUUUGAAGGGUAGAGAUGAUGCAAAAGAACGUUUAUUACGCUACCGUAGCAUAUUGGAUGGCAUGUCUGCAGAUGAUGUGACUUGGAAUCCAUACGGAGGACAUGCUGGUGUAGAGGUUAUGCGUUCUUUAUACAAUGGUGUCAUCCGAUUUGCUGAUGUGGCUUAGGGUUAUGAUCCUUCACGGUGCCUUCGACAAUACAGAUACCGACAGGCGAUCCCACGACCCAUGAUGAUACCAGACCAUGACUUUCGUCCAGCAUCUGCCAAGGACUACAAUGUGACAUGGUUUCCUGGUUAUGAUCAGUUUUGGACCAUGUGGGAGAGCAAUAGGUGGGCAUUUGAUGCUUUCUUUACACCGUGCGAACGUCCAUCUGAUGUCGAAGAGGGCUUCAUGGACUGGUACCGAGCUCACUCCCACCCAUUUGUCACCAGCCUCAGCGUUACUAGACAGAUUCCUCGUGAAUUGGUAAGUUGUUUUACAUUAUGAAACUUUAUUAGGCAUAAAUUCACGAUUAAAUC